AGGUGCCGCGAUGGUGACGUCAUCUCAGCCCCUCUGACGUCGUCGGCUCAGCGGUGACGUCAUGGCGGUGCCGGGGGCGUGGCCGCCGCGGGGGGCGGAGCCGUCGGACAGCAGCCCCGAGCCCCCCUCCCCCUCCAGCUCCCGCCCCCCUCUGUCCGACUCCAGCCCCUCCCCCACCGAGACCACGGCCACCCAGUGUGGGCGGGGCCAAGGGGGCGGGGCCAGGGCUCGCCACGCCCCUCCCAACCUUGCCGGGGUGGGGGGGGAGCGGCCGCUGGCGCUGUUUGAGGAGGAGCUGGCCACCCGCCCCCGCGUGCCGGCGCUGCUGCGCAGGAUGGCCCCGUACAGCGCCCUGAGCCCCGACAGCGACUGCGGCCACCGCACAGCCCCGUACAGCGCCCUGAGCACGGACAGCGACUGCGGCAACCGCACGGCCCCGUACAGCGCCCUGAGCCCCGACAGCGACUGCGGCACCGCACAGGCCCCGUACAGCGCCCUGAGCCCCGACAGCGACUGCGGCACCGCACGGCGCCACGCCCUGGGCACGCUGCAGGGCGUGGUGGCCCUGCUGACCCCUCGCCGCGCCCUGGGCACGCUGCAGGGCGUGGUGGCGCCGUCGCUGCAGUCGCUGCUGGGGCUGGUGCUGCUGCUGCGCCUGCCCUGGGUCGUGGGACACGGCGGCGUCCUGGGGACAGCGGCCAUCGGCGUGCUGCUGGGGGCCUGCAUGCUGCUCACCGCCGUGUCCCUCAGCGCCGUGGCCACCAACGGGCUGGACCCCGGGGGCGGGGCGCUGUCGCUGCUGUCGGGGGCGCUGGGCCCCGAGGCCGGGGGGGCCGUGGGCGUGUGCGGCUUCCUGAGCGCGGCCUUCACCUGCGCGGCCGCGGCGCUGGGCGGGGCCGAGCUCCUAUUGAUGUACCUGAGCCCCGGCUGGGCGGUGCUUCCGGGGCGCGGCCGCUGGGGCCGCCUCAACAACGGGCGCGGCUACGGGGCGGGGCUGCUGGCGCUGCUGGGGGCGGGGGGUCGCUGGCCCCGCCCCGCGUGCGCGCGGUCGCCGCCCCCCUGGGCCCCGCGGGGCUGCUGCUGGCGCUGCUGGCGCUGCAGGCGGGGUCCCUGCGCCACGCCCUGCGCCCCGACCCCGCCCACGCGCUGUGCCUGCCCCCCCGGCCCGGGGACCCCCCUGCUGCCCUGCGCGCCCCCCCGCGCCCCCCAACGCCUCGCGGGGCCCCCCCCGGCCCGCAGGGGGCGCUGCCCCGCCCUGCCCGGGCCCAGCGCCGCCGUGCUGGCACUACAGGACACGCCCACUGGGGGGGAACCUGUGGCCCCGCCCCCACAGAGGCGGGGCUGGGGGACUGAGCACGAGGAGGGCGGGGCCGACGCCUCCUUCGGGGCCCUGCUGGGGCUGAGCCUCCCCUCGGCCGCCGGGGUGCUGUGGGCAGACCUGAGCGCGGCGCUGCUGCUGGGGGCCAGCGUGGAGGGGCAGCUGCUGCGGGACAAGUUCGGUGCCACCCUGGGCGGUGUCCCGGUGCUGGCCGCUGUCGCCUGGCCCUGGCCGUGGCUGCCCGUGCUGGGGGCGGGGCUCUCGGCGGGGGGGGCGGGGCUCCAGGCGCUCCUGGGCGGCUCCCGCCUCCUGCGCGCGCUGGCGCGGACACGCGCGCUGCCGCUGCCCCCGCGCGCUGUCCCGGGGCCGGCUCUGGCCGCUCUCGCUGACCCUGCUGAUGUCCCCUCAGUGUCCGUGUGUCCCUCAGUGUCCGUCUGUCCGCAGGCGCUGUCCCGGGGCCGGCUCUGGCCGCUCUCGCUGACCCUGCUGAUGUCCCCUCAGUGUCCCCUCAGUGUCCGUGUGUCCGUCUGUCCGCAGGCGCUGUCCCGGGGCCGGCUCUGGCCGCUCUCGCUGACCCUGCUCACCGCUGCCCUGGGGGUGCUCCUGGGCUCUCUGGACCUGCUGGCCCCGGUGCUCUCCGUGCUGUGCCUGACGUCACACCUGGGGCUGAACCUGGCGUGCGCCCUGCAGGGGCUGCUGCCCACGGCCGGCUGGAGCCCGCGCUGCCCGCUGUACCACUGGUCGGUGUCCCUGGCCGGGGCCCUGCUCUGCCUGUCCCUCAUGUUUGUCACCUGCUGGCACUGUGCCCUGCUGGCCCUGGGCAUCGGCGCCACCGCCUACAAAUACCUGGAGUUCCGCAGCGCCCAGAGCGAGUGGGGGGAGGGGCUGCGGGGGCUCUCGCUGAGCGCGGCCCGGCUGGCGCUGCUGCGGCUGGAGGAUGGACGGCCCCCGCCCCCCAGCCUCAGGCCGCAGCUGUUGGUGCUGUCCAAGCCCGGGGACGCCCCCCGGUUCCCCCCCCCGGCCGGAGCUGGUGGCACUGGCCACGCAUCUGUCACCCCCCCCAUGUCCCCCCCAUGCCGCAGCUGCCGCAGCUGUUGGUGCUGUCCAAGCCCGGGGACCCCCCCGGCCCCCCCCCCCGGCCGGAGCUGGUGGCACUGGCCGCGCAGCUGCAGGGGGGGGGGGCGGGGCCUGACCGUGCUGGGGGCGGUGCUGGGCGGGGCCCUGCACGAGGAGCUGCCCCGGGCGCGCGGGGCUGAGAAGGCGCUGCGGGUGGCGCUGGCCCGGGCCGGUGCCCGCGGUUUCGUGCAGGUGUUGGUGACCCCGGAGCCGGGGGCGGGGCUGGCGGCGCUCGUGCAGGGGGUGGGGCUGGGGGCGCUCCGCCCCAACACCGUCCUGCUGGGCUGGCCCCGCCGCUGGCGGCAGCAGCCCGACCCCGCCAGGGCCGCCCGGGACUUCGUGGGGGACAUUGGGGACAAUGAGGACAAUGGGAGGAUUGGGGACAUUGGGGACAAUGGGGGCUUCGUGGAGCUGCUGCGGGUGGCGGGCGCGGCGGGCCGGGCCCUGCUGGUGUCCAAGGGCGGAGCGGAGCCCGGCCCGGCCCCGGGGGUGUCCCCGGGGGUGUCCCCGGUGCCGGGGCUGUCCCCGGGGGUGUCCCCGUGCCCGGGGGUGUCCCCGGGGGGGUUCCCGGGGGGGUCCCUGGAUGUCUGGUGGGUGGUGGGCACCGGGCGCCUCCUGACGCUGCUGCCGCUGCUGCUCCGACAGCACCCGGUGUGGCGGGGCUGCCCCCUGCGCCUGUUCACGGUGGCGCUGCUGGAGGACAACAGCGAGCGGCUGCGGCGCCUGCUCGAGGCCGUGGUGCGGCGCCGGGGGCUGCCGGCACAGGUGCACGUGGUGGAGCUGCACGACGGCGCGGUCUCUGAUUACACGUACGAGCGGACGCUGAUGAUGGAGCAGCGCUCGCAGAUGCUGCGGCAGCUGCGCCGCGCCCAGGGAGGCCCCGCCCCCUCGCACCCGCCCAGCGCCGCCGAGGAGGAGGAGGGGGGGGGGAGGGGAACCCCGGAGAGGGCCCAGCCCCCCAGAUCUGGAGUUCCUGGAGGUGCUGACCGAGGGCCUGGGGCCGGUGCUGCUCGUCAGGGACGGCGACGGAGAUGGAGACCAGUGCUCCCAGUAUGGAACUGGGAACGACACUGGGGAGCCCUGAGAGCCCUGAGAGCCCAGUGCUCCCAGUAUGGAACUGGGAACGAGACUGGGGAGCCCUGAGAGCCCAGUGCUCCCAGUAUGGAACUGGGAACGACACUGGGGAGCCCUGAGAGCCCUGAGAGCCCAGUAUGGAACUGGGACUGGAGCCCAGUGCUCCCAGUAUGGAACUGGGACUGGAGAGACUGGGGAGCCCUGAGAGCCCAGUAUGGAACUGGGAAUCGGCCCAGUGCUCCCAGUAUGGAACUGGGAUUGGGGAGAAUGGGGAGCCCUGAGAGCCCAGUGCUCCCAGUAUGGAACUGGGAAUCGGCCCAGUGCUCCCAGUAUGGAACUGGGAAUGGGGAGCCCUGAGAGACCAGUGCUCCCAGUUCACUCCCAGUGCUCCCAGUAUGGAACUAGGAAUGGAGCCCAGUGCUCCCAGUAUGGAACUGGGAAUGGGGCCCAGUGCUCCCAGUAUGGAGCUGGGGACGGCAAUGGAGAGCCCAGUGCUCCCAGUUCACUCCCAGUGCUCCCAGUAUGGAACUGGGAAUUGCGACCAGUGCAGCCCAGUGCUCCCAGUAUGAUCCCAGUUCACUCCCAGUGCUCCCAGUAUGGCCCCAGUGCCCUCCCAGUGCUUCCAGUGCCUUCCCAGUUCACUCCCAGUGCUCCCAGUUCGCUCCCAGUUCGCUCCCAGUUCACUCCCAGUGCUCCCAGUCCGGCCCCAGUCCUUUGCUGGUUUUUCGCACUUUGAUUUCACCAAAGAUCCUCAAUAAAACCACCCCAAAAAAUGGAAA